GCUAGGUCGUUGCCACUCCAAGUUGUGAUGCUGGCCCUCUCUGCUCCGUCGCACCCGCCCAUGCGUCACACCUACACACAUGACACAUCAAACGUAGUCGAGAGCCCGUGUCGACUUCACAACUUCAGCGUCGAGAUGAAUCUGUCGAUCGCUGCCUCGAAAGGGUUUGCGAUCCCGAUGCAAAUGGAGGCGUGCAAACGCGGGUGGGUCGCGCCAUUCCUCCUCCACCUGCACCAAAUGCUUCGACGAGAGUCGCCUCAGAUCAUCCGUUGGACGCCCAACGGUAAGGCGUUCGAGAUUCUCGACAAGACCACCAUGACCGAGAAGAUUUUGCCCAAAUACUUUCGCAACAAAAACUUUGCCAGCUUUCAGCGCCAACUCAACUACUUUGGCUUCCGGAAAUGGUCCAAAUCCCGCGCGAUGCACUCAACCUACAGCCGAGACCACUUUACACGUGACAACUUCGAUGAACUCGUCUAUGUCAAGCGCCAGAGUAAGCGAAAGAGCGGCGGCACCGAAUCCAGCGACAAGAGCGAUAUCGACAUGGAAGAGGCGUCCAAUUCAACCGAACUCAACUCUCUUAUGAGCUCUCCUAUCAAGACGCAGCCUGCCGUGUCAUCAAAUUUGCGGAUAUCAUCUCUCUUGAGCCCCGACAUUGACACAGCUCCCACCAACCCCGCCCAGUCUUUGGUCGAUCUGCAGCAAGGAUGCGGCGCCAAGGAAACUCAUUCGCCUUCCGCUCUUCCUUGCGUCAAUGCCCCGCGGUUCAGCCUUCCGUCUCUCUCGGAAUUUCGCCAAAACUCCCCCCAAGUUGGCAUGCGCCUUCCAUCGCUUCAUCAGAUCGUUCCGUCCAUCCAAGGAUUUUGGCCAGUCGAAGGCCAGAUUGAAGACGGGCUCUGCUCGCCAUCAUCCAGCUCCAACUCCACGCAAACGCCCUCAAGAAUCGAGUACAACGUCAAGGAGCUGGAGGGCCUGAACGCCGCACGAUUUAUUCGUGGCCUCUACGACAUGAUCUCGUCGAAAGAAGGAGACUGCAUUCGGUGGAACGACGACGGCAGGUCGUUCAUCGUGAUCAACUCGUCCAGGCUAGCGUGGAAGUCUUUACCCAAGUACUUCAAACACAACAAGUUUCGCAGCUUCCAACAACAGCUCAACAUGUAUGGCUUCCACAAGGAGUCCAAAGGGCGCGCCGAGCCCUGCACGUAUAGCCACCCGUUGUUUCGCCGAGGGUGCUUCGCUGACCUGUGUCGUAUCGCACGCAAGACAAGCCUCUCCUAGACCAGCUUGCCAUCUCCGUGCCGUCCACACGCUAUUUAUGACCCUCCCAUCUUCCUCUCAAGUGGAGGUAAUUUAUUCCCUUGGUAUGUUCAUCGGCUCUCGUCGUUACCGCCGCGCCGCCAUCGUGGAACCACACUCAUUAUUUUGAGAACAUCAUUUAUUCAAUCUCCAGAACUCAUUUAUUCCGAUUAUCCCGUUGUUGAUCAAAGGCAGAACGAUUGUGGACAAAAUGAUAGGAUCGUCAACUAUUUCUUAGAAUAAAUGAUUCACUUC